AUCAACCAUACCUGCCAUGCCAUGCACACGAUUGAUUCAAAACGGGAGUGUGUGAGGGGGUCUGUGAGUCGGUCAGCCGCAGUCAGUCACCUUGCCUUGCCUUCCCUGCCAUGUCAGUCAGUCAGUGUGUGGAUGAUGGAAAAAAGAUACCACUCCACCAACAUGCACCGCCACGCAUGGCAUGUAUUGUAUUGCAUGGGUGAAGGCAUUCAUCUCAUCUACCCGUCCCAACUGACUGACUGUACGUGUCGAUGCAUGGCAAUGUGCCCCUGGUCUGUCUGUCAUGCUGACCACACGACGUUGCCGACGAUACCAUACGAACGCGAAACAGCAUGAGUGUGGUUUUGCGGUGCGUUCAUUUGACAUCGGCAGCUGCGUGAAGCGACACGAGAGACCAAGGGGCCGGGCCAUCCAUCCAUGCAUCAUACCAUAUAAUACGCACCAGAAACACAUGGGAGAAGCGACACGCCUCCCUCCCCGCCUGGCUACUGACUUGACUGCAUGGCUAACACAACAUACACACCAACUCUCUCCCCAAAGACCGCCUACACUACCUCUCUAUCUAGGCAGAUUCCUUGGCGCCCUCGCCCCUCUCAAGCUUCUCCUUCUCUUUCUCCUUCCCGUCGGCCCCCGCUCCCUCCCCAUCGGCGGCUGCCGCGCCACCCACCUCAGCGAUCAGCUUGAUGAGCUUGCUCUGGUUCUCCGUGCUGUGCACAUUCACACGAUAUUGUGCCAGCUUGGGUGCCCCGCCAGCUGCCGCACCGCCACCGGCACCGCCCUCGCCUUUCUCCUCCUCUGUGUGUGUCUGCGUCUGUUCGUCGUCGAUGGAGGUGAAUGCGACGGAGUUGCGGCCCAUGAGCAUGGCGGGUGUGUGUGGGAGGAGGGGGGCGUUGAGGAGGAUGCGGUAGACGCCCUUCAUGCGCACAAUCAGCCGACCUUUGCCCGUCUCCUGACCCCACACCAACCAACACAUGGCAUGGAGAGAAACAUAUCAUGUGCACGACAUAUAUCACAUUUGUGUGUGUGUGUCUGUGUGGGGUGUGGGUCUGUCUCUCGUUCCUGCCUACCUUGUGUUUGUUGAGGUGCACGAAUCCCAUGCCCCGCUCCUCCCACUUGAGCGACGGCUCCUUCUCCUUCUCGCCGUUGGUGUCCUCCUUGUCUAUCUUGUCGGGUGGGGCCUCUUUCUCCCCCUCUGGCUGCUGCUGCUGCUCCUUGGCCUUUGUGUCGCCGCCCUCCUUGCCCUUGUCCUUGUCCUUGUCUUUGUCCUUGGCGGCCGUCUUGGGCACCAGCUUGUAGAGGCGGCAGUCAGACUGACGUGCAUAUGGAUGGAUGGAUGGACAAAGAAGGCAUAUGCGUGUGUGUUGUGUUGUUCUCCACCGUGCUUACCUUGAACAGCGUGACUUCGUUCUCCUCACCACUCAACACUGACACACAUCGAUGGUAUGGGAUGACAUGGGAUGGGAUGGAGGACAGACAGCAGACAGGCAUCGCAUCCAUCUCCCCGUCCAUCAUGCAUCCAUCUGUCUGUCUCGCUCACCCUCGGGUAUGGGUUCCUCCGGCUCCUGCGGCUCCUCGGCCCCCUCCUCAUCGCCGCCACCACCGCUCUGACCUACGCCACCCUGCACACACACAGACAGACACAGGCAGACAGACAGACAGACAGACAGGCAGGCAGAUAGACAGACAGACAGAUAGCACAUAUCGGCGUGUGCGUUUCAGUUCUGCGUAUCGGUAGACGAUGCGUCAUCUGCUGCUCACCGGCAUCACGGGUGCAAACAGGGAUGUGCCCGUUGGCUGUGCGCCGAAGAGACCGCCGGACGAGAAGAGAUCGCCUGUGGCGGGGGCCGUGGCCGGAGGGCCGAACAAACCACCUGAGUGGAUUGACGCCACACACAUACAUAUGCAUUCAGAGAAGCUGUGGCGGCAUGUGGGUACCUGGCGCGCUUCCCGAGAAGAGGGAUGGCUUGUUCGUGCCACCUCCGAAGAGGCCAAAACUCCCGCCACUCGAGGCCACCUGCACACACCACACCACACCACACCACAAGACAACAGACCACAACACAAUAAUCGAUAUCUGCAGAUGAGCGAGCGGCUGGCUGGUUCGGCGCCACGACAUAACUAACUAACGUACCGCUCCGAAUCCGCCCGACGCUGCGUUGCCGAAGAUGGACACUCCCGCGAAGGGGUUCUGCUUGUCGCCCUCCUCGCCCUUAUCCCUGCCCUCCUCCUUGUCGGCUUCCUUGUCGGUGGUAUCCUUGUCCUCCCCUUCACACACACACACACACACGCACACACACACACGCACACACACACGCACACGCACACGGCACGGACCCCUCGACACCACACAUGGUAGGUAGUGCGGUUGUGUGUGUUCUCUCUGUCUGACCUGGCUCCCUGACGGCACUAGUGGUGGCAGCAGCUGCUGCUGCUCCCCCAUCCGCGGUGCUGUCCUUGUCUCCUUGGUGCGGCUCUUCUUUGUCCCCCUCGCCAGUGCCUUCAGGAGCCGCCGGGGCUGCCGACUGCUGCGGUACAGAACAGCACGGCCGGUAAUGACACAUAUGACACAUUAAUAUGCGUGUGUGCGGGCGGGGUGUGUUGGGCGUCCACUGACUGACCGGCACAUUGCGGUUGUCGUUGCGUCUCACCUUGACUAUCCUGCAUACACACCCACACCCACACACACGUGCAGUACAUGGAUUGGAUUCUGUUUGCGGUGCCUGUGCCGGUCGGCUCACUUUCGCCUCGCCAGCACAUCGGGUGCGGCCUUUUCGCGCUUGGCGUAUGGGUCCUCGUGCUCCUCCUCCUCCCUCUCAUCGUCGCCGCGUGCCACGUCGUCUUUGACCAGCUGGUGCUCCGCUGUCCGCUUCGACUGACGGGCAAAGGCAGGUGAUGACACAAAAAAGAUCAGAUGGAAAGCCGUUUCAGUUGUUCUCGCAAUUGUUUUCCCCUUACCAUUGCCUCCAAUGCACUCCCUGAC